GCAGCAUGAUGAUGAAGCACAGGACAGGGGUUCUAGUACACUCAAGAACAGGAAUAACACACAAGUUAAGGGAAGGAUGGUCCGUCUAAGAAUCUCCUUGUUUCUGCUUUUUUGGUCCUAUUUGUUACAUUUCUUAGAGGUCAAAAAUGAAAAGGAAGCAGUGUAUGGUCUACUCUUGGCCUUGCCCUAGUGACAAGUAAGGGGGAACAUUCUAGACUAGCUAGAUGGGUUUCCGAUUGGAGGUCACGAGUAGAAAGUCGUUCCCACGGUCAACUCUCCGCAUUGCUUUGUGACAAUAACAGGGGCUACCCUGAGAACGUUGAACUCUCAAGGUUCUUUGCAAUCUGUGAGAUCAAUUCCUUACAUCUACAAUCAAGCGUUAUUUUUAGAACAGAACUUAAUUAGACGAUUUACGUUCACACGUGCUCGCCCUUUAGCACCCUGAGUCGUCUACGCACGAAGUACUGUCCUAAUAACUUGAUUGUCGGAAACCUAAGCUUGUACCCGUCUCGUUGACAAGCUCGUGUCCUAAAUAACGUGUAACGUGUUACAUUCGCAAAUCAGUCCCGCGUGGCAGAUCACGUAUCCAUUCCGCAAAUUGCUCCCUUACGUCAUUCAAGCAUGGCCAACGACGCCUUUCCCCUUGAAGCUAUUCAAGAAGAAGAACCGGAGGAGGAAUUGAAAGAAUGGCACGAUCCUGCUGAACUAAAUUAUUACCGUACUCAGGCAAAGAGAAUUCACACGAAGUCGCUCAAUCAAGCUCUCCUUGCCGUCCGGAUGCUAGAAGAUGUUGAUACAGUCAACGUAUAUCGAGUUGGCUUGGUCCGUGCAUACGACAUAGUUGAAAGAAUUCACCGUCGCUACGUGGAAGUCUGUACGUUCGACGGCGAAGAGCUGGACAGAGAAACCAGCUGGGGAAUUGAUAUUUCCAUCAAACAUUCGAAGGCGUUAGCUGACGUGGCCAACUACUUAGAUUCCUGUCAGGCCCGCGCAAGAUCAGUUGCAGGUUCCAGCCGCAGUAGCACAUCUAACCGUUCAUCAGCCUCAUCGACACGCCGUAAACUUCAAGAGACAGAGCGGCUAGAAAAGGAAAUGCAACUAAAGAUUCAACAGGAAAGAGCUGAAGCCUUACAACAACCCGAAGAGAAUGAACGUAUGCAGCAGUUCGAAAUUGUCAGGAAGGCAGAGGAAGAACGUAUGCAGCAGUUGGAAACCGCUAGAAAAGCAGAAAAAAGGCGUGUUGAAGCAGCACGUAAGGAACGACAAUUGCAAAUGGAGUUGGAGAAGCAACGAUACACUGGCUCCUUGUUACGCAAACAGCUCGCAGACGAAUUAGCAGUUACCGAAGAGAUCGACGAAAUGGAAACGUCCGGGUUUGACAAAACAGAUGUCUGGAAACCUUCUGCCGUCCCAUCUCAUCCACCUGCUACGCUUAUCCCAAAUUUCCGUAUACCCUGUGGGACAGCAACGUUAACGCAACCAUGCUCUCAAUACGAGCCGUCUGCGUCUGAACAGCCGUCUACGUCCGACCAGCCGUCCUCGUCGAUUCCCAAGCUAAAUGCCAACACCUCCAUCUACGUACCACCAAACGUAUUCAACCAGCCAAAUCCAAGUAUAGCUCAGCAAUUCACCUCAAGCGCUCGUCCGUCACUGAUUCCAACAACCACGACAUCGGCGCUACCCGUCCACAACCGAGUUACGCAACAAACGUUUUCGCCUCAAAUACCAGUUCACGCUCCACAACCAACGGUGUAUUCUCCUGAUGUCUGGAUAUUCGCCGUAAAUCGUCAUGACGCACCUCCGACAUUUCGUUCAUCAUCGAGACUGCCGAAAGCUGAACCACCGAAGUUUGACGGCAACCCGAUAAACUGGCCUAUGUUUAUCCAGUCAUUCAAGGUUCAAAUUCACGACACAUGUUUCAGCGAUGCUGAACGUCAACAUCAUCUACGUGCAAGCUUGACGACCGAAAUUCAGAACAAUCUUGGCGAAGUUUUACUCAACCCUGGAUUAUACUCCUUUGCAUUGAAAGAGCUGCAUCGGAAGUUCGGAAAUCCAAGAAUCGUUUCAACCGCAUGCUCUUCAUCUCUCUUAAAGCUACCUUCGUUUAAAGAUAGCGACUACGAAUCGUUAAAGCAGUUUUCGUUCACACUCCGUUCAGUCGUCGCAACUUUGCAACUGGGUGGAUAUGGACUGGAACUACACAGCAGUACAACCUUGGCUCAAUUGGUUGGAAAAUUGCCGCCCACCUUACGCAGUAAAUGGGCCGAGGUGAGCUAUCGAAUUCAAGAUAGAUUGCCUACGAUACUCGACCUGGACACGUGGCUCGAUGACGUUACGAUGGCGGAAUACUUCGUCCGUGUUGGCGUCAACCCCACACCCCAGCAAGGCAGUCAUCCGAAAACUCGAGAAAACGUCCACAGGUCGUCGAACGAAAAACAGAAGAAAUCGACCACGACUCCCAUGGUCUUUUCUACGACCGUAAAAAUUGCGUCCUGCCCACACUGUGACGGUGAUCAUCGCCUUUACCUCUGUGAGAAGUUUAAAGCCUUAAAUCCCACGGAACGAUCAGAAAUCGUCAAAGAAAAAAGAUGCUGUUACCGCUGUCUCGACGACCGCCAUCUAAGUUCCGAGUGUACGAAGGAAAAGGAAUGUGGAACGGACGAGUGUAAACGUCUUCACCACCCUCUUCUCCAUGGAGCACCACGGAUGUACCCGAAAACGCCACGAUCGAGCCCGAUGUCAUCCUCGUCUCAAAAGAGCCCGUUUAACGGCUCGGUCUCCUACGGCUACGAAAGUGAAACGACCUUGCUGCCUAUCGUCCCUAUGUUAAUUGAAGCUAAUGGCCGAAACUGGACCGGUUAUGGAUUGCUGGAUCCUGGAAGCCAAAUCUCAAUGAUUACCAACGCGCUUGCAAACGAAUUGGGACUUCAAGGCGAGAAGGGAAUUUCAAGAAUCGGAACGUAUCACGGCAACGACCCAACCGCAAACACAACAAACGUGUCUUUCAGAAUCUCUUCUUUGGACAAAAGCAGUUCCUUCGAAAUCCCGAACUGUUACUCCGUUCCCGUCUUAAGAAUCAGAAACGAAAAUGUUGACCUAAGGAAGUUGGUUAAGGAUUGGACUCAUCUAGCCGGAUUAAAAGUUCCUACCCAAAAUUCCGUGGACGUUAACGUGUUGAUCGGCUCGUGUGAUAUGGCGCCGCAAGAGAUCCUGGAUAUCAAAAGAGAUCCGUUGAACGAGCGGGCCCCGCGAGGACUACGAACAGCCUUUGGAUGGUGUAUAGCUGGACCGAUCUCUCCAGCCGCCGUUGCACAACUGCAGUGCAACUCGCUCUCAUUAGCGCCCCCACCCGACCAAGAUCUUGUGAAUGCAAUUGAUCGCUUUCUACUCACCGAGACUUACGAAGCCCGAGCAGGAGUCAAGGUGCCGAUUAGCGAAGAAGAAGUACGCGCGAACAAGAUCCUAAACGAAACGACGAAAUUCUUAGGCGAUCGAUACGAGUCGGGACUUCUCUGGAAACACGAAGAGUCGAACCUGCCCGACAACAGCCAGUCUACACUAGCGCGCUUCCUCAAGCUAGAACGAAGACUCAUCGCCGACGAAAACCUUGGUAAAAGGUACUCCGCAGCAAUCAACGAGUAUAUCAGCCUUGGUCACACCCGAAAACUCUCAGCUGACGAGGUCAACUAUCGUCCAGCUGGCCGAACCUGGUUUCUGCCUCACCAUCCGGUGAUAAAUCCGAAGAAACCCGAAAAAUGCCGCCCGGUCUUUGUUGCCUCCGCGUACUACAAGGGAAUGUCGCUGAACUCUGCCCUGCUGAAAGGACCUGACCUGCUUACCAACCUCAUUGGUGUGCUGAUACGUUUCCGACAACAUCCGAUAGCGUUGAGCGCGGAUAUUGUUAAAAUGUUCCACCAAGUAAGGGUGCGGCCAAAAGACGGGCCGGCACUUCGCUUUUUCUAUCGUGACCCGGGUAUACAGGAACCACCCUCCGUUUACCAAAUGAACGUGCAACCCUUCGGCGCAGUUUGCUCUCCGACAAUUUGUUCUCACGUUCUACGUAAAGCAGCUGAAGACGGCGGGAUUGAUGCGGCCGACGUUCCAACCAAAUAAUCGACCAUUUUUACGUGGAUA